AUGGAGGUCCACGGCCGGCUGGUGCCGGCGGAGGGCUACGGGGCCAACACCAAUUACCACCACAUCCCUGCCCCGCUGCUUGUGUUCCCCGGCCUGGUUGACCUGCACGUGCAUCUCAAUGAGCCAGGCCGGACCGCCUGGGAAGGCUUCAAGAAUGGCACCAACGCCGCCGUUGCUGGCGGAGUCACCACCCUUGUCAAUAUUCCCCUCAACGUUGUCCCACCCACUACCACCCUGGCUAACCUCUACAAAAAUGGUCCACAUUGA